AUGUCCGUUACAUAUGAGGACGUUAUUUUUCGACUGAAGGCACUUCCGCAGGUGAGCAAGAUCGAGUACCAGGCACGAGGCCCAGCGACCCAAACAGAUUUUGAGAAUUGGACCAAGAGAAACGAUAUAGACCUUCCGCCGGACCUUGUUUCUUUUUACCGGCAAAGGAAUGGAUUGGACACAUGCUGGCACUUUGGAACUGAGGAAAAAAUCGCAGGACGCUUUUUACUGAAUCAGGUGCAGGACAUACGGGUAGUCCGCAUUCGUCAUAAGAAUAAUAACAUCCCUCUUGGUAUUCUUUCCCAUGACAGCUUCGGUACGGUCUUCAUUUCCCUAUCAAAUUCACUUGAGCGGGGGUCGGUCUGGUUCUUGCCAGGAUCUUACAGUGUAUCUGUAGAUAUCACUAUCAACGAUCUCUAUACACUAUGCGAGUCGUUCUCCUCGUACUAUAGGCUGAUGUCUCUCCAUUUGGGGAUCAUAUGCUGGCAAUAUGCGUUUGUGCCACGCAUUGGCCUCCCUAUUUUCACUAGACUGCUCAUGGCUAGAUUCUGCCCAGACAGGCUGUCCAUUGAUCUUGCGCUUGCGCACCAACUAAACACAGAUGCCUCUACUACUAUAGCUUCUGAGUGUGGUCAACUAAGGUUCGGGGCCGGGAUACUAGCGUCAAUUAGCUAA